AUACAUGCCAUGAAGCGAUCCCGCGCCUGCGACGACCUAGUGGCGCUGGCCGCCGAGGCCUCCACCGGAUGCAGCAGCAGCAGCAGCGGCGCACUACGACGCGGCGUGGACGCCUGGGGGUCGCCCUUCGUGGAGGGCCCCGCGCACCGGUUUAAGCGCUCGCGCGCCGCCGAGGACAGCCCCGUCAGCAGCGGCGACGAGGCCGACGACCAGGAACUACAGGAACGCCACUCGCUGCAGUUCACGCUGGAGAUGAGCGACCUCAGCUGUCUCAGCGCCGAGGUGACGCUGAGCUCGUCCGCGCCGUCGCGCUCGUCCGUGCUGGACGACGACAGCUUGCCUUUGCGCCGCAACUCGCGCGAGAACAUGCUGCUGAGGAAGAAGAAGCAGCGCAUCGCCGAGAUCACCAGCAGCUUCAGCGACUUCGGCGUCCACGACGAGGACAUGGUGCACCACCACCCGACGCCGCUGAUGGCCAAGCCGCAGCCCGUGGUCAUGAUGGAGACGCCCGAGACGCCCGAGCCCCGCAUCCUGCGCGGCCUGUGCUUUCCGCGCGAGUCCAGGUGCAUCGACCCGCUCGACAAGCGACAGGCCCAGCCCUUCGACAUGUCCGCCUUCAUCAUGCUGUCCAUCUCGCCCAAGCGGUGA